AUGAAUGCUUUUCUAGCACAUAACCAUGUUUUUAUACUUACUGUAACAGCUUUGAAUAUUCUAUUAUGUCUCAUGCCUUCAUCUAAUCAAAUUAAUUAAAAACAAUCCCAUUAUAUUGAUGAUUAUGAUAGCAUUUAAGAAAGCACUACUAAACUCGAAAGAUAAAAUCAUAAAUUAUAAACAGAAGAAGAAAAAGAGGAGGAGGAACAUUUAAUUGAUGAACAUUAAAGUGAUCAAAUUAAAGAAUAGGAAGAAUAAGAUGAUCUCUUUUUUAGAAUUUAUGAUGAUCUUAAAAAAUGA